AUGGCUGACCCUGUUAUCUCUCUUGUUGUUGAGAGAACUGGCGAUCUGCUGGUUCAAAAAAUUGUUUUCCUGAAAGGUGUUCGAGGCCAUGUUGAGAGACUUCAAAAUGAUCUGGUCCGGAUGCGGUGUUUCCUGAAAGAUGCUGAUCAGAGGCAAGAUGAAGAUGCGAGGAUCCGCAACUGGGUUUCUGAAAUCAGAGCUGCGGCCUACGAUGCGGAGGAUAUCAUUGAGAUCUUUGCCAGCAAACUUGAGUUCUUCACAAAGGACAAGGGACUCGUCACCAAAUUGACGUAUUAUCCCUUGAAAAUUGUGAACCUCUACAAGAUAGGUAAAGAGAUUGAAUCCUUACGGAUGAGGCUCAAUGACAUAGCUGACAGCCGCGAAGAGUAUGGUAUCAAUAAUCUUGGAGAGGGGAUGACUACGCAUGGGGAAGAGCUUCAACGGAUCCGGCGAUCCUCUCCUUUCAGCGAGGAAAAGGAUGUAGUGGGCUUCGGGGAGAUAACAAAAUCGCUGGUGGCAGAACUUUUGAAAGAGGACAAAAACCGCCGUGUGGUUUCAAUCGUCGGCAUGGGAGGUGCUGGGAAGACAACUCUAGCCAAAAAAGUUUAUAACCAUGCUGACGUCAGGGCAAGAUUCGACUGCCGUGCUUGGGUAUGCGUCUCUUCAAGCUACAAUCACAAAGAGACGCUAAGGACAAUCAUAAAGCAAUUAUAUCCGAUGACUAAUGAACUACUUGACAUGUUGGAAAAGAUGCAAGAGCAGGACUUGGAACAAAGGCUCUAUCAAGAUCUACAAGAUAAAUGUUGUCUUGUGGUACUUGAUGAUGUAUGGAAAGAAGAAGCGUGGGAUUGUCUUGCUAAGGCCUUUCCUGAUGUUAAUACAUCAAGUAGUAGACUGCUGCUUACAAGUCGCAAUCGGGAUGUUGCCCAACACGCAGAUGCUCGUAGCAAACCACAUGAGCUGAAAACUCUGGGGGAGGAAGACAGCUGGCAGUUGUUCCUCGGAAAGGCCUUAGACCAUGGAGCUAAUGUUGGGUGUCCUCGGGAUUUGGAAGAAGUAGGCAGAGAGAUUGUAAGGAGAUGUGCUGGUCUGCCACUGGCCAUCACAGUUGUAGGUGGGCUGCUACUGGGCAAGAAAGAGUUGAAGAUUGAAUGGGAGAAAGUUCUCAAUAGUUUCAACACAAACCUAUCAAAGAGCCAGAGUGGAGUAUCAGCAAUUCUGGAAUUAAGUUAUGCAGACCUUCCUCCCAAUCUGAAAUUUUGUUUUUUGUAUUUGGGUUUGUUUCCCGAAGACUCCGUGAUUUCUGUGCCCAAGUUGAUCCAUAUGUGGGUUGCAGAGGGAAUAAUGCAGAAAAGAGAUGCAAAAAAUUUGGAGGAAACUGCAGCAUAUGAUGUGGAACAACUUUUUAGCAGAAAUAUGGUCCAGGUGGCGGAAAUGACUGUUGAUGAGAGGAUUAAAAGCUGCAGACUCCAUGAUUUGCUGCGAGACCUUGCAAUCAGGAAGGCAGAGGAUGAAAAUUUUUUUCAGAUCCAUGGCACCAGAGAUGAUAAAAUAUCAGCCAAACCCAGGUACCUAGCUGUUCAUAGUCUCUCUCUGGAUAAAAAUUAUUUUGGGACUUCGACCCCUCCUCUCCGGUGUCUGCUUUUUUUCAAUGUCCGCUAUUACAGGAAAAACAUUAGUCUUAUCUUCAAAAGUUUCAGAAAGCUUAGGACACUGGACCUUGAGAAUGUUAAGAUGGGUUAUAAUUUGCCAAAAGGAAUUGGUGAAAUCAGGCUUCUAAGGUACCUCAAUUUAAGAGGCACAUACAUUAGAAGGCUCCCUCAUUCCGUCGGUUGCUUGCGAAACCUACAAACUCUUGACUUACGGACCUAUGACACAGUGAGAGUUUCAAAUUUCAUUUGGAAGCUUGAAAGUUUACGGCAUCUAUAUGCGCAUGAGAUGCUAUGUGAUGUGCCUCUUAAGAUUGAAGGAUUGAGAAAUCUCCAGACUCUGUCAGGCAUACGCUUUGAGGACGUUAUGCACAAUAACAUGAUAACUCUGACAAGUCUUCAGAAGCUGCGGAUUCGGGUGGAUGACAGGUCAAAGAUAGACAAACUCUGCAUGCAUUUAUCUGAGGUUGGAAGCCUAAAGGCGCUAGGUCUUUAUCGUACUCCAGGAAGAGGGUGGCCACAAUCUCUAGCUGGACUUUCUAAGCUCCAUCAUGUAACAGAGCUCCAGGUAUCCGGGAGGGAUUUGAGAAUGCUGCGUCCUGAUUUCCCUCCAAAUCUCUCUCGCUUGUCUUUGAGAUCCACGUCUCUCACGGAUGACCCAAUGCCAGCACUAGAGAAGUUGGGACAGCUGUCGUUCCUCAAACUGGAAUCUACACAUUGGGGACCACCGCAUAUGGUCAUCUCUAGGCAUGGGUUUCACCAAUUGAAAUUCCUUGAGCUCAGCCGCCUAUAUGCUUUGGAUGAAAUAAAGGUGGAGAAAGGUGCAUUGCCACAGCUCCAAUGCCUGAGGAUCAAGUACUGCUUUGAUUUAGAGAAGUUGCCGGAAGAGCUGAAGGACAUAUCUACUCUUGAUACGCUUGAGCUUGUGGACAUGCCAGAAUAUUUCAUCAGUGGGCUUGAUGCGGACCUGGUGUCCAGUGUCCCUAACCUCAGAAUAUUUGACUCGCCGGAGGAAAGAAUGCAAUAA